CUGUGAAUGCAAUUUUUCUAUUUACUUUAUCUUGUGAUAUAGUGCAUUGCUUUUGUUUGGUUGAAAAUAUGACAAACUUUAUACAAAAAAUGUGAAAAUAUUUAAGCAAAGUUUUUCUAAAUUAAUUUAGAAUAAGUAAUAAUAAAAAGUGAAAUUUUGUAAAUUCAUCAAUGCACUUUUAAAACUGUAAAAACGUCCACACCACUGUCAUGCCUUGUGCAUUGUCUGCACCCGCCACUAAGAGUCCAUUAAUUCCACUCCAUACGACAAUUUCAAUAAAGUGUACAUCCGUGCUUCAACGUGUUCACCGGUUUCUGCAAACACAACACUCACCACCACUUUAUAAACAAGAGCACACAAAUUGACCAAAAUGACUGACAAUAUAGCCUUUCGAUGGUUACGACGAUAUAAAUUAUUCUUUUUCGUGGGUCUCGUAAUAUUAGGUGUACAAAUUUUUCUCGCCUACAAAUCAUUAAACAUAACUAGCUCCAAUGUAAUUGCUGCAAAUACAAAUUUAUUUUCGGAUAACACGGCUGCAGCGACAGAAUAUAUAAAUUAUCAAACCAAGAAACGAUCUUUGAAUCAGGGUAUUGGUAGCCAGCAUUCUGCCAGUAGUACAGGCGAUACAAAAGUUAUGAAAGCUGAUCGAAAGAGUGACGAUGCUAACUUACGAUUAACACAAACCGAACGUUUUGGUAUACGGCCAGAAUGUAACAUUACAUCCAAGGAGGCCAUCUCCGCAUUGCAGCGAGCCAAAACUAAAGACUGUCGUAAACAGAUUGCUCAUAUUGCAUGUGCCAUUCAAGAGGGUAAUUUCUAUGCUCAAAACUUGCCCAGCUACUGUCCCGCUGGCAAUCAUACUGCAAAUUAUCUGCUUGGCUGCUAUCAGGACGAAAAAGAAUAUCGCCUACUAUCAGGCUACUUUACUAAUUUCAAAACAACAAACUCUCCGCAAAAAUGUAUACGUCUCUGUCUGCAAUCGGGAUUUCCUUAUGCGGGACUACAAUACGCUACCGAAUGUUUUUGUGGCGCUGAUGCACCGCCCACGUCAGCCAAAUUGCCUGACUCUAGUUGCAAUAUGAAGUGUUCGGGAGACCCCAAAGUGCUUUGUGGUGGAUAUUUCAGUAUGAAUGUAUACGAAACUGGCAUCGCAAAAUUCAACCCACAUAUUGCUGACACAAAAAUUUCACGCCCGGAUACUGAGCGUGUACGAAUUGCAUUUCUGUUGACGCUUAAUGGACGAGCUUUGCGACAAGUGCAUCGAUUAAUUAAAACGCUCUACUCACCAGAUCAUGUGUUCUACAUACAUGUAGAUGCGCGUCAAGAGUAUUUGUAUCGGAAGUUAUUGGAGCUGGAGUCCAAAUUUCCAAACAUACGUUUGGGCCGAAAACGUUUCUCCACCAUCUGGGGUGGUGCAUCCUUACUCACAAUGCUAAUGCAAUGCAUGGAGGACCUACUGGCUUCUGAGUUUCAGUGGGAUUUCGUCAUAAAUCUCAGUGAAAGUGAUUUUCCUGUUAAAACGCUCGACAAACUCGUUACUUUCCUCACAGCAAACAAAGAUUACAAUUUCGUAAAAAGUCACGGUCGUGAAACGCAACGUUUCGUACAGAAACAAGGGCUCGACAAGACAUUUGUCGAAUGCGACACACAUAUGUGGCGUAUAGGUGAUCGCGAGUUGCCCAAUGGCAUACAAAUUGAUGGCGGCAGUGACUGGGUGGCGUUAUCGCGUCCAUUUGUACAUUACGUUAUUAAGGAGUCGCCACAAGAUCCACUACUGCAAGGGCUAUUGACGAUUUUUCGACACACAUUGCUGCCGGCAGAAUCAUUCUUUCACACAGUGCUGCGUAAUUCACACUUCUGCAACAGGUACAUAGAUAAUAACCUACAUGUGACGAAUUGGAAGCGUAAACUCGGUUGUAAGUGUCAGUAUAAGCAUGUGGUCGAUUGGUGUGGUUGCAGUCCGAAUGAUUUCAAACCGGAAGAUUGGUCACGCCUGCAGAGCACCGAAAAUAAAAUGCUAUUUUUCGCACGUAAAUUCGAGCCGAUCAUAAAUCAAGCGGUGCUCCUGCAAUUGGAAGAGUGGCUGUUUGGCGCACACAGCAAAGAAGUCGUCAAUUUACAUAGCUAUUGGCAAUCACUCUACGAUGCAGUAGAUGCGCCAACAACCGGCGAUGAUUUGUUGCGCACCAUAGGUGAGAGUUUAGUACGCUUGGCGGCACAACACACACACACGCGGCCCGGUCGCCUACUCGAGUUAACACAUUAUCUACACAAAGACGAAUACAAAGGUUUCCUAAUGCGUUACGAACUAAACGAAGCUUCGCAUAAUCGCACACAAGCGUUUGAAACGCGCAUAAGACCCGCCGUGUAUGUGAAAUAUGCGAAAAAUUCCAAACUUGCCAAGCGUUUACGUAAUUUCGAAGUUGCCUCCGAUUUCGAUCUAAAGGAGCAAGUAGCGCGUAAUUUCGCUAAAAUGCUCGGUCCUUACACGGAGCUUGUGCUCAGCUUCACACUAACCGGCGCCGGUGCGGCGGCGCAAAACGAUGCUGCACAUUCAUACAACCUCACACUUUUGUGGAUAGAUCCGCUCGGCCGUCUGCAAGACUAUAACGAGUUGCAUAUAGAAGACUCGCAAACGGACGCAAUUAACUACUCCAAAGCUGUAUUGAAUCAACCGCUAAUGCCCGGCAUUUGGACCGCCAAGCUGAUCGGUCGCAGUGCAAUAUAUGCGCAAACUAAAUUCCUCGUCGUGCCAUUAGCACUGUCAGCGGGCAAACCACUCAAACCGGAGCGCGCAAAGUUGGUGAACGGCGGUGCGGCGCCCACAUUGCCUGACAGCUUCGAAAUGCCAGCUGAAUGGCGUCAACAUUUGCCAGCAGUAAUGGAUGAGCAACGACGUCAGAAAGAAGUUUCCAAAGCGCUGCGUUAUGGCGAAGAUCUACAAGCUUGGGUCGAUGAUUUAGUGAGCAAAUUCUUCUUUAUGCGCGAAACGUGCGCAGUGGACGAGCAGGCGUUGCAAAUGAAAUUUGCCGAACAGCUGUCGCUGCAUUUAUGCCGUGAGACACCGUGGAGCUCGCUGGCGCACGAUCCGAAAAGUGAUGUUUACAGUUUGCUCAAAAGUUGAUGAACGUAUUUACUAUUGACAUUAUUUUAAGUUGUUUGUCAUUGCUUAAAAUUAUUAUUGCAUUUAAGACUGUGUUCACACGUUGACGCUUUUGUCGUCCAAAUCGUUUUUUUUUUUUGCAAGAUGCAGAAAAUUGUCCGACUCAAGUUAGCGAACCAAAAGAUACUCUGCCGAUAAUGAUCGAAAAAGAGUGCUCAUGUGAACACAGUCUAACGGAACAUAUUUUAUAUUUAAUAACCACGCAUACAUACAUACAUAUUUGCAUGUAUUUAUUUAUUAAUGUUCGCCACAUUUAUGCCAUAUGCCAAAUAGCAUACUUUUUUGUACUACUGUAAGCAAAACCAAAGGUUACGUUACUGGCAACGCAAUCGUUUUUGUAGCCAUAAAUCAAAUGUCAAAUGUUGUUGCAUGAUAUUGCAAUUCAAAAUUGCGCAUGCGUAAGUAAGUUUAAAGUAAAUUUAAUAUUUUUGUAUGUAUUGUUAAACACAUAUCUUGCAGAAAAUUGUAGCCAAUUUUUUUUUUACUAAUUUUAAAUCGGAAGCGCAACUAAAGAAGCACAUCAUAGCAUUACAUAUAGCAAAUAUAUUAAUUAUGCAGGAAUUUUUAUCAAAUUAUGCUGGUAAAGUGUCAUAAACUCACACUUAGCUCGCGCAUAAUUAGCAAUUUUAAUUAUUUAGUGUUUAUUAUAGACAUUAAAAAUAAGUUUACGUCUUGUGAUACAAAGUAAAACAAAUUAUUAUGUAAUUUUAUCACUCUUUUGCUAAUCAAACUCAUAUUUGCACUUAAAGCUUUGACUAAAUAACUG